AUGGCAGGCCAAACUAUCACCGAGGACGAGUCGAACGAUUCAUCAAACACUUCAUCAUCAACAAUCCGAAUCUUUGCUCGUGUAAAACCACCGCGAGCAUCAGCCAAGCAGCAAGAUCAUAACAAGAAAUAUUGGAUUUCUGAUGCUCAAGCAGACGGUGACGAUGUGCAGAACUUGCCACGUAUUGGGUUUCACCUCCCGCGGAAUGAAGCUCAAGGACUGAUCAACCAUUCGAGAGAAAACUAUGAAUUCGCAUUCGACAAAGUAUUUGAUACCAAUACUACUCAAGAGGAAGUCUUUGAUCUAGUUGCAAAAGAUACUGUCUUGAGUGUGCUGGAUGGCUACAACGGAACCAUAUUCGCAUACGGUCAAACAGGUUCAGGAAAAACCUUCACUGUGACUGGAGGUGCCGAGAAAUACUCGGACCGAGGACUGAUACCGCGAACAUUGCAAUUUAUCUUCAAGGAAGCACAGAGAAGAACCGGUGCCCACUACGAAGUCGCUAUCUCAUAUUUGGAAAUAUACAAUGAGAUAGGAUACGACCUGCUAGACAACUCACGAGAUGCUAGUAAAUUGGAAGACCUACCGCGAGUUACUCUUCAAGAAGAUGUGGACGAACGAAUUCAUUUACGCGGAUUGUCGGCUGUAGCUGCCAGCAACGAAGAGGAAGCUCUAAAUCUCUUAUUUGUCGGAGAUACCAACCGAAUGAUUGCAGAAACACCUUCCAAUCCUGCAUCUUCUCGUAGUCAUUGUCUUUUCAUUGUCUCCUUGACUUGCAAGGUCGAAGGUUCAGACAGUAUUCGAAAAAGUAAACUCCAUCUAGUCGAUUUGGCCGGUUCCGAACGAGUUAGUAGAACACACAUAGGAGGCAACCUGCUCAAGGAAGCUAAGUACAUUAACUUGUCGCUGCACUACCUUGAGCAAGUCAUCGUGGCCUUGCAUGAAAAGACGCUUGGGAAAAGAACUCACAUCCCAUACCGUAACUCGAUGAUGACUUCCGUUCUACGUGAUUCGCUGGGAGGUAAUUGUAAGACGUCCAUGGUGGCAACUGUAGCUGUGGAAGAUCCGUUGGUGGAAGAAUCUAUAUCCACCUGUCGAUUCGCUCAAAGAGUAGCUUUGGUUGCCAACAAUGCUCAAGUCAAUGAAGAAGUUGACCCGCAAAUGAUUAUUGCCCGACUGAAACGAGAAAUCGCCAGGCUCAAGGCUGAACUCGCCUUGGCUAAAGGUGGGACGGAUCAAACUGACGAGGAAUUGCCUGUAUAUGAAAAGGAGAGAGUUAAACAGGCGGUAGAUGAUUACUUAGCAGACAGCUCGCCAGAUGCUUCACUUGUUUUUGGUGAUUUCAAACGAAUCCAAGAAGCAUUCAAAAUACUCAAGGCAGGGCAUACGUACACUUUAACUGGCAGUAUCCAUUUUCCUUACCUUUCUGCCUUACAGAAGCUCCUGGCUGAUGCUGCUUUGAAACCAAGAGUUAAAGAUAGUCAAGAACCUGUGCGAACCCAAGUUAUAGAAAAAGUCGUCGAGUCGAAUGAUUCAGUAUCUAGAGUGGAGUCUGAAAAGCUUCGAAUGCUGCUUUCACAUAGAGACAAUGAAAUCAGUGUUUUGGUCGCCACACUGAACGAUUACAAGAGCAAGUUUGGGAUACCCGCAACAUCAAACGCCUUGCAAGCGUUUACACUCCAAUCACGUUCAUCUGCGCCAUCGAUUGUAGAGCAACAAAUUCAAAAACCUUCAACAAUACCAACCACACCAGCAUCAAUACCAUCAACAGCGACAUUCAUUCCUACCACAACAACAACGAUGACGGCCCCAUCGUCGGCAUUGAACGAGACACCAUCUCAAAAGAUAGCAACGCCGGGCACUUCGGAGGACAAGGCUCGUGCACUGGCUAUAUUUUCUCAAAGUUAUCCAUCUGCUUCGUGGAUUGAUGGUGCCAAGUCAACACUCAAGUCCAAAUAUGCAGAAGCAAAAGCGCUUGGAGAGUUUGCUAAUGGUCUAAGGAAUCAGAUUCGAAAGAUCAAGACUGAAAUGGCUGAUGAGACCACCCAGACAUGGUCAGAGUCAGAAUUGCAGAAGCUAAGAGAUCAGCUUUCAGAUAAUGUUUCAAAAUACAAGACUUCGUAUCAAAGUCUCAAGGAUAUGAAGAUGGAAAUCGAGCAUUCUCAACACUUACUCGAGCAAGCAAGACUGAGGUUACAACGUGAUUUCGAACACUGGUAUCUUACGGUGUACUUGCCAACGGAACCACCAUCGCCGGAAACCACCUCAAACAUCGAAAUCAUUCAGCCUGGAGCUUAUAGAGAAGCAGUGUUGACUCGAUUUGACAGCGGGAAAGAUGUCUCGCUACCUUCAGACUAUGCCUCCUUGAAUGUAGUAGUGCCAUCUAGAACAGCAUCGCUAACUGCAACGCCUCCAAGUAUACCGUCGUCAAAGCCAGUUCUUCCAGUCGCAACAUACUCUUCAAACGCAUCUCCAUCCUUACCACCAUCAGCACCAUCACCAGCCUUUAUUCAACACGGGCACUCGCCAAUCACUUCGUUAUCAAGUUUAGCUAGGCAGACGUCAUCAGAUCAGCCACAACGAGACUGGAGAGACACUUCAACUCCCAUACCACCAAGGCUAACAUCACAUGAAUCUUCAAUGUAUACACCUGACAGAUACAAUAUAGGAGAUCGGCCAGGAUAUUUGCCGACACCAAGCAUGUCUGCUCGACCUAGCAGUGCUGGAAGUACAACAAGGUCGUUAGUGCAAUCACCCGGUCCACAUGAAUCGUCAGAGGAAUGGGGCUCAGUACGCUCUGAAUCACCGCAAGGCUUCUCAAGUUAUGGUGGAUCAGCUGGCAAGACAUAUGAUUCAAGUCGAAUGAUGCGUUUGCUGCCGACUCCCACGCCAUCUGUAAUAUCUUCAGACGCAAUGUCACCUAGAUCAUCUGCUUAUGGCAGUGUCACUUCACUAGCUGCGCCACCAACUCUACUAGGAAAAGUUGGUGACGAUAUUCGUGCCUUUUAUAGGACGAGAGAUAAUCUAAUAAAAGGAAACCGCUAG